AUGAGUGUCGCUGCAGCUGCCAUUCAACGUUUAUCUAAAGAAAAGAAAAAAAUCGAUGCGGCUCGUGUGUGUGAUUUCUAUGCUGCUCCUUUACCCGAUAAUCUCUUUGAAUGGCAUUUCACUCUUAUGGGGCCUGCGGACUCUGUCUAUGCAGGUGGUCUUUAUCAUGGAAUCCUGCGAUUUCCCCGCAAUUAUCCCUUUUCCCCACCAGAUAUUCUCUUCCUAACCCAAAGUGGUCGAUUUGAGGUGGAAACCCGUAUUUGCUCAAGUGUGAGUAGUUUCCAUCCCGAGUUAUGGCAGCCCUCCUAUGAUAUUGCGUUGGUGUUAAUUGCCCUACGGGCCUUUAUGGCGCAGGAUGAAGAUGUUGGGGUGGGGGCCCUGAUGGGCCGGUAUGUGAGUGCGGAGGAGAAGCGGCGGUUGGCGGCGGCGAGUCGGAACUUUACGUGCGGGGUGUGUGGGAUGCGGCGGGCGGAGGAGGUGUGGGCGGCGGAGAUGCGGGGAUUCCCCCCAGUCUCCCCAGAGGUGGAGGCGAGUGUGCCCAAACUGCCAAGGACUACACCAGAGGAGGAGGAGAAGGAGAAGAGGAAUAAUAAUAAUAAUAAUAAUAAUAAUAAUAAUGAGGAGAAGGAGGAGAAGGAGGAGAGAGAGAAGGAGGAGGAAGAUAAUAAUGAUAAUAAUGAUAAUAAAGAGAAAGAGGGGGAGGGGGAGGAAGAGAAGGAAAAGAAGGAAGAAGGAGAAAUGGAGGAGAAGGAGAAGGAGAAGAAGGGGAGGGAAGAAGAGGAGGAGGAAGAUAAGGUAAUAACAAGAGGAAAAGAAGAAGAGGAAGAAGAAAAGGAAAAGAAGGAAGAAGAAGAUACGGAAGUGAAAUUAAACGGGGAAAUGGGAAAUCAGCAAGAGAAAAGUCAACUCUCCCCCACACAAAUGACCCUACGAAGACGAGAACAUCCCACACCGCAUAAUAAUCAUAAUAAUAGGAAUAGUGAAGCCGCUGAGUUCUCACCACAGCUACUAUCAUCAUCAUCAUCAACAACAACAACAACGGUAAGAGAAACUGUAAGGGACAAUAAUGGAUCAAAUAAGGCUGUUACCCAUACCACAAAUAAAGAAAAAGAACCACCACAACAACAACAAGUAGAGAGUACUUCUCCUACGACUACGACGACUACUACGACUACUGCGCCAGUACAGACAUCUGCUGUGGAUGAUUCUUUCAUUCGUAUCCGUCUGGGUAAUACGGUGAUACUUCGCGUCAGUCUAAAGACAUUAGAUACCGCAAUUGCUGCAAGUUUCUUUCUCUUUUCUGCUGUUUUGUUUAAAAAGUGGAUAUGGUCGUAA